GUUGAAAAAGCACGUGAGGACCUGCUACGCGAUUUAGUAGCACGACGCUUAGUUUCACUGGGUUCACUGAAGGCUGGAACUGCACUGGGUGAACUUGUUGAUGAGACUGAUUUUGAGAAAUGGGCCUUGGAACCUGACACUGCGAUCGAUGUACAGAGAGAUCAGUCAAUUUCGCGUAUCAAUUUUCACGUUGACCGCUUGUAA